AUGCCGCGCGAGACGGAUACUGAUGUCCCCCAGCCCGGGCCGGCGACUUUGACAGCUCACGCUGGUCCAGAUGAAUGGCUGGAGCAAGCAAAACUAUGUCGGUACCUUCCCGAGGCCGACAUGAAGCGCCUGUGUGAAAUCGUCAAGGAGUGCUUGAUGGAAGAAUCCAACAUACAACCUGUGCAGGCACCUGUGACUGUAUGUGGCGACAUUCACGGGCAAUUUUACGAUCUAUUGGAACUGUUCCACGUGGCUGGCGGCAUGCCCGGUGAGGUGGACCAGCGCGCGGCUGAGGCGGCGGCCGGGGCGAGAAACAAGGCGGCGAGAGCAAGUAUGAGUCCAAGGGGAAAGGCCGCGGCGGGGUUCAACGCUGCCGAUCUGGAGCCACCGACUCAGAUUUCCGAUCCAAAGGUUAGGAAGAAGAUGAAGAGGAGAUUUCAGCAAGACAGUGCAUACACUUCGGCUGCGUCAAACGAUGGGUCGGAGCAGGGUGGUGGAGAAGAAGAGGAAGAGCAGCGAGGACGAGUGCGGAGUCGCAGCGUGACUGAGGACGAAGCAUACGAAGAUGACGAUGGCAGCGAGGACAGCGGUGUUGGCGUCCGGAGUCCUGAACCCAGUCGGAGCAAAAGCGCCGCACAAAGUUCCAGACCUGAUCUCGCAACCGGACACCAGAACUUUGUGUUCCUCGGCGAUUUCGUCGACAGGGGCUACUUUUCUUUGGAGACGUUCACAUUGUUGAUGUGCUUGAAGGCAAAAUAUCCCGACAAGGUCACUCUAGUCCGUGGCAAUCACGAGUCUCGUCAAAUCACUCAGGUGUACGGCUUCUACGAGGAAUGCCAGCAAAAGUACGGCAAUUCUGCUGUCUGGAAGUCUUGUUGCCAGGUUUUUGACUUUCUCGCUUUGGCCGCCAUUAUUGAUGGCAAAGUGCUAUGUGUGCACGGUGGACUUUCGCCGGAAAUUCGCACUCUCGACCAGAUAAGAGUGGUCGCAAGAGCACAGGAAAUCCCGCACGAGGGAGCCUUUUGCGAUCUUGUGUGGAGUGAUCCAGAAGACGUGGAAACAUGGGCUGUGUCGCCUAGAGGGGCCGGGUGGCUAUUCGGAGACAAGGUCUCAUCAGAGUUCAAUCAUGUCAACAACUUGUCGCUGAUCGCUCGCGCGCAUCAGCUUGUAAACGAAGGCUACAAGUACCAUUUUGCGUCGCAGGAUGUCGUUACGGUCUGGUCAGCACCAAACUACUGCUAUCGAUGUGGUAACGUUGCGAGUAUCAUGACACUGGGGCAGGGUAUUGAGAACGCACCACCCGAGCCCGACUUCAAGAUAUUCUCGGCCGUUCCGGACCAUAGGAGAGCCGUGCCUGCAGGGAGGCAAGGCAGAGGGGAGUAUUUCUUGUAG